AUGAAGUCCUUUCUCACAGCUCUCGUUUCCCUGCUUCCUCUAACGACGGCUCUUCCCCUAAUCUCAUCAGAAUCAUCCAUUGCACAGCCCAGUUCACUUUAUUCAUUUUCAUCUAGUGGUAGCAAUGCUAAAGUAGCUGGUCGAUUAUUCAACAUCGAUGGCAAGGUUGGAUAUUUUGCAGGCACAAAUGCUUGGUGGCUUGCUCAUCUUUCAUCCAACGGCGAUGUCGACAUCACUUUCUCACAAAUAGCUGCUACGGGUUACAAAAUCGUACGUGUAUGGGGCUUCGGCGACGCAAAUACCCCUCCGCCUUCCACCAAUACCGAUCCGAACCUUGUCUACUUCCAAAUCCUUAAUUCUACAGGGGCUUAUAUCAAUUACGGAGCGGAUGGCCUUCAGAGAUUGGACUACGUCGUCCAUGCGGCAUCUAAAUAUGGUCUGAAGCUGGUUCUGAACUUCGUUAACAAUUGGAGUGAUUAUGGUGGAAUCGCCGCUUACACUAACGCUUUCAAUUGCUCAUCGACAUCCUUCUACACUGAUGCAACUUGCCAAAAGGUCUACAAAAACUACGUCAACACAAUCGUCACCCGUUACCGCUCCAGCACGGCCAUCUUCGCUUGGGAACUUGCCAAUGAACCGCGUUGUAACGGCUGCGAUACCUCCGUUAUUACCAAAUGGGCUACAGAUGUAUCAAAAUAUAUCAAAUCGCUCGAUGCGCAACAUAUGGUUACGUUGGGUGAUGAAGGAUGGUUCGCCCCGGCUGAUGGCAUUGGUGACGGUAGUUAUGCAUACGGUGGCAGCGAGGGCGUUGAUUGGGUGGCAAAUUUAAAAAUCAAGACAUUGGACUAUGGAGUGUUCCAUUUGUAUCCAAAUACUUGGGGAUAUAAUUAUACGUGGGGAAAUGAGUUCAUUGAACAGCACGAUAACGCUGGGAAGCAGGUCGGAAAACCAGUUAUCUUGGAGGAGUAUGGUUCACCGUUCCCAAACAAUCAUACGGAGACUGAGGCACCUUGGCAAGCAACAGUACUUAAAUCGGGUAUAGCGGCCGACCAAAUCUGGCAGUUUGGACCAAAUGGAACGAGUGUGCGAGCAGAGGACUUUGGUGAUGUUAAUACCAUCUAUUACAAGACCCCUGAGUAUGCUACGCUUGGGACAGCUCAUGCUAAUGCAAUGUUAAAGAAGAAAGUUUGA